GAUAUACGCAACCUAUUAACACAAAGGCGAAAGCGAAGCAACUCGUGUUUAAAACCUCCCUCAUGAGUCGGCGCAGACCAUCCUUCAAUCGCGUUCCGAGACAAAACUCUAUAAAUCCACUGCUACUACUCCACAACCACAUGUAUAACUAGCCCACAUAGAAUUGUAAGCACUUUCUCUUUCACAAUCCCUCUUCUUUCUCUUCUCUAUCUAGGGUUUUUCUGCUUCUUUUUCUAUCUCCACCGCAAUUCGGUUUCUGGGUUCUUGGCUUUCUGUGAUUUAUUUUUAUUUUUUUUAAUAAUUUGAAUUGAUAGAGUUUGUCCAUAAAGUUUGUCCAUAAUCCUCUGUUAUUUUUAUACUCUCUUUGAUUGUUGUCACUUGCAAAUUUUGAUUGGUAUUGAUUACUGUACAAUAAAAUUUAAAAAAAGAAAAAGAAAAAAGAAAAAUGGGUGACUUUGAUUGUCCCCAAAUCAGAAAUAUAUGCAUUCUUGCCCAUGUUGAUCAUGGCAAGACUACUCUUGCUGACCAUUUGAUUGCCUCCUAUGGGGGUGGAGUACUUCACCCCAAGCAAGCUGGUAGGCUUAGAUUCAUGGAUUAUCUUGAUGAAGAACAGAGGAGGGCUAUAACAAUGAAGAGCUCUUCCAUAUCUCUUCAAUACAAAGACCAUUCUAUAAAUCUUAUAGACUCUCCUGGUCACAUGGAUUUUUGUAGUGAGGUAUCUACCGCUGCGCGGUUGAGUGAUGGGGCUUUAGUCUUGGUGGAUGCUGUUGAGGGCGUCCACAUUCAGACCCACGCAGUCUUGCGCCAAGCUUGGAUUGAAAAGCUUACUCCUUGUUUGGUACUCAAUAAGGUUGAUAGGUUGAUUUGUGAAUUGAAGUUGAGUCCAAUGGAGGCGUAUACUCGUUUGCAAAGGAUUGUUCACGAGGUUAAUGGAAUUAUGAGUGGAUACAAGUCAGAGAAGUAUCUUUCGGACGUUGAUUUGAUGCUUGCAGGUCCAUCUGGGGAAGUGGAUUUUGAGAAUCAUGAGUUUGUAGAGGAUGAUGAGGAAGAUACGUUUCAACCACAAAAGGGGAAUGUUGUUUUUGUGUGUGCAUUGGAAGGGUGGGGUUUUGGUAUUAGUGAGUUUGCGGAGUUCUAUGCUUCGAAGCUUGGGGCUAGCACAGCUGCGUUACUGAAAACUUUAUGGGGUCCUCGGUAUUUCAAUCCCAAGAAUAAGAUGAUUGUGGGUAAGAAGGGAUUAGGUGGAGGAAAUAGUAAGGCUCGACCCAUGUUUGUGCAAUUUGUGCUUGAGCCACUUUGGCAGGUUUACCAGGCUGCUUUGGAAGCUGAUGGGGACAGAGCGGUACUUCAGAAAGUCAUUAAGUCAUUCAAUUUGUCUAUACCUCCUCGUGAACUUCAGAACAAGGAUCCAAGAGCCGUGCUUCAAGCUGUCAUGAGUCGCUGGCUUCCUUUGUCGGAUGCAAUCUUAUCUAUGGUAGUUAAGCAUAUGCCAGACCCGAUUGCUGCCCAAUCUCUACGGAUAACACGUUUGAUUCCUAAGAGAGAAGUUUUAAAUGAUGGGAUUCCUUCGGAUGUGCUUGCUGAAGCAGAGCUCGUUAGAAAAUCUGUUGAGGUAUGUAAUUCAAGCCCUGAAGCGCCAUGUGUUGCCUUUGUAUCUAAGAUGUUUGCCAUUCCUGCAAAAUUGCUACCUCAAAGGGGCUUAUAUGGUGAGAUUUUAAACAAUUCUACCGAUGAUGGUGAAUCUGACGAGUGUUUCCUUGCAUUUGCAAGGAUUUUUAGUGGGGUUCUUUGUUCAGGACAGAGGGUUUUCGUGCUUUCUGCAUUAUAUGAUCCAUUAAAAGGGGAAUCAAUGCAAAAGCAUGUACAGGAAACUGAGUUGCAUUCAUUGUAUCUAAUGAUGGGUCAAGGCUUGAGACCAGUGGCAUCUGCAAAGGCUGGGAAUGUUGUGGCUAUUAGGGGCCUUGGCCAGCAUAUAUUGAAAAGUGCUACUCUUUCAUCUACAAAGAAUUGUUGGCCUUUCUCAAGUAUGGUGUUCCAGGUUUCUCCCACCCUUAAAGUUGCAAUUGAGCCUUCUGAUCCAGCUGACAUGGGUGCACUCAUGAAAGGCUUGAGGCUCUUGAACCGUGCAGACCCAUUUGUAGAGGUCAGUGUUUCUUCUAGAGGAGAGCAUGUUCUUGCUGCUGCAGGAGAGGUUCAUCUCGAGAGAUGCAUAAAAGAUUUGAAGGAGAGAUUCGCAAAAGUAAGCUUGGAAGUCUCACCACCUCUGGUUUCCUAUAGAGAGACUAUUGAAGGUGAGGCAUCCAAUCCAUUAGAAACUUUGAAGUUGUUUAGUGGGACCUCCGAUUAUAUUGAGAAGACAACACCAAAUGGUAGAUGUGUUGUUCGAGUGCUGGUCAUGAAGCUUCCACCUGCUCUAACUAAGGUGCUUGAUGAGAGUUCUGAUCUGCUUGGAGGCAUUAUUGGAGGCAAAUGGGGCCAUACUGACAAAAUCUUGGAAACUCAGAGAACAAGCAUUGUGGAAGAUGACAAUCCAAUUGAAACGCUUAAGACACGAAUAACAGAUGCUAUUGAGAGUCACAUUCCAUCUGAGAGUACAGAGAUUGACAAGGAUCGGGCUGAGAAGUGUAAAAUAUUGCGGGAAAGGUUUCUUAAGAGAAUCUGGGCACUGGGUCCUCGACAGGUCGGUCCUAAUAUACUCCUCACCCCAGAUUCCAAAGGAAAGACAACUGAUUGUUCUGUUCUCGUUCGGGGUUCCCCUUAUGUGUCUGAGAGAUUGGGUUUUCUGGGUUCAUCUAGCAAUGGUGAUGUAGCUUCUGAGGCAUCGUCUGUAGAGACUCAUGCUCUGUACCAAGAAGCGGAGAGUCUUGAGAGCAGUGUUGUGUCUGGAUUUCAGCUAGCUACAGCAUCCGGCCCUUUGUGUGACGAGCCCAUGUGGGGUUUGGCAUUUGUUGUUGAGGCUUGCAUUUCACCAUUGAUUGGGCAAUCAAAUGAAUCUGAAACUUCUUAUCAACAACCAGAGCAAUAUGGCAUCUUCACUGGGCAGGUGAUGACAGCUGUAAAGGAUGCCUGUAGGGCCGCUGUGCUUCAGAAGAAACCCCGGCUUGUGGAAGCCAUGUAUUUUUGUGAGUUGAACACGCCGACUGAAUAUUUGGGUCCUAUGUAUGCAGUGCUUGCUCGGAGGAGGGCUCGAGUUUUGAAGGAAGAAAUGCAGGAAGGGUCUCCAUUAUUCACUGUGCAUGCCUAUGUGCCUGUUGCUGAGAGCUUUGGAUUUGCAGAUGAGCUGAGGAGAUGGACUUCUGGGGCUUCAAGUGCUCUACUUGUUCUUAGUCAUUGGGAAGCACUUGCUGAAGAUCCUUUCUUUGUACCAAAGACAGAAGAAGAGAUUGAAGAAUUUGGAGAUGGUUCUAGUGUUCUACCUAAUACAGCAAGGAAACUCAUUGAUGCUGUGAGGCGGCGGAAGGGUCUCCCAGUGGAGGAAAAGGUAGUCCAGCAUGCUACAAAGCAGAGGACUCGGGCACGUAAAGUGUAGGAAGUUUAUUUUUUUGCAAGAAGGGACAUACUUUAUGCGCAAACUUGAAUUUUGAUGUCAGUUUGGUUAAAGAACGAUGAUGAGUUCCCAAUGUUUUUUUAAAGUGUUGUAUGAAAUUCUUGGUGAUAUAUGAAAGGUAUUUUUGGAAUCA